UCCGGCGGAAGCGAGCAGAGCGGGGCGGAAGCGGGCGGGUGAGGCGGCCGGUAGGCUCCCGGCCCGCCGCCGGGGCCCGGCGCCAUGCGGAAAUUCUUCCAGGAGAUCAAAGCCGACCUCAAGUUCAAGAGCGCGGGGCCGGGCCAGAAGCUGUCGGAACCGUCCCGCGCCCCCAAGGAGAAGCCGAAGGCGGAGGCGGCGCCGAGGCCCCGGCAGGGCCCCACGGACGAGGCGCAGAUGGCGGCGGCGGCGGCGCUGGCCCGCAUGGAGCUGAAGGGCAAGGCCAAGCCGCCCUCAUCGCAGGACGCCAUCAGGAACCAGGUGAGAAAGGAGCUCAUGGCUGAGGCAGCUGCGAGUGAGAAAGGAAUCUCCACUGACAAAGAGGACCCAGCAUUCCCUGACACCGAAGCGGCAGCCAGACCCUCGGUUUCAGGGGUCUAUUUCACCUGUCCCUUGACGGGCGCGGUUGUAAGGAGAGACCAGAAAGAGAAGCACCUGCGGGAAGCCAUCCAGCUGUAUUCUUCCACCGACCCCGUGGCCGCCUCCAUCCUGGAGAUUCACACCUUCAACAAGGACCGGGAGAAAGUCCGUGUGGGCGUGGAGACCGUGGCCAAGUACCUGGACAACAUCUACCUCCACCCAGAGGAGGAGAAGUACCGGAAAAUCAAACUGCAGAACAAAGUGUUCCAGGAAAGGAUAAACUGCCUGGAAGGGGCACACAACUUUUUCCAGGCUGUUGGGUUUGAGACGAGAACGCUGCCUGUUCCGGGACAAGAGGCCACAGAGGAGUACUACGUGCUGAAGGAAGAGAUGCUGACCCGGUUGGAAGACCUCAAGGACUACAAAGAGCAACUUCUGAGCUCGGAGCCGGUGCGGCCACAGCUGGAUCGCCAGCUCUGCGUCUUUAAACCCUCGCCUGAGGCUGCUCGCUUUGAGCUGCCGGAUGAUUUCUUCAACCUCACUGCAGAGGAGAUAAAGCGCGAGCAGCGGCUCCGGACAGAGGCGGUGGAGAAGGCUGCGAUGCUGAGGACACGAGCCAUGCGAGAGAAAGAAGAGCAAAGGGAAAUGCGGAAGUACAACUACACCCUGCUGCGGGUCAGGUUUCCUGACGGAUACAUCCUGCAAGGGACUUUUUAUGCAAGAGAACCCGUAUCUGUGCUCUACAGCUUUGUGAGAGAAGCCCUCAGAGAUGACUGGCUGCCCUUUGAGCUCCUGGGACCUGGAGGUCUCAAAGUGACUGACGAGAACUUGGCCUUCAAUGAGUGUGGGCUGGUGCCCUCGGCCCUCCUGACCCUGGUGUGGGACACAGCGGUCAUGUCGGACAUCCAGGCAUCAGGCCAGGAGCAGCCAGCGAGCCCCCUGAAGCCAGAACUUCUCUCUAGGGUCCAGACACUGUCUUGAAAUAAAGGGGAAUGGAUGCAGUGACAGUGGCUUCAGCCUGUUCCCUUCUGUUCCCAUACAGACUGGUGGAGCUUCCAGCUGUGCGACCUCCGAACUGGCUGGGGUUUAGCUCUGCAGAGUGGGAGGCUAGAGAUUGCGCCAGUUUACCCAACCUUGCAGUCACCUUCCCAGCUCAGUAACCAAACACUAAGGCAGUCGUGCCCAGUAAAACACUUCCAGGACUGCUCUUGGUGGCUUUAGAGACCAAAUUCCAGCCGUGACUGCUCGAGGUGGUUCCCAGAUGAAGCACCACUUCCCUCCCUUGGUGGAGGGAGCAGGGGUGGAUACGAGGCUGGAUCCCAACUGAGCGAGCCUGGCGCUGGGCCUGGGCUUAGGCUUCAGCUUUUCCUUUUGCUUCUGUGUGCACUGUAACUCCUAUUGGAGAGAGUAUAUUUAGAUAAAAGUUGUUUAGCCUAAUUAAAUGGAAUAUUUAAAGAC